GUCCUCAGGACACCAUCUCUUGGCUCACUGUUCGUGCCAUAGCCCCUUUGAGAAGAGAACACGGUGGCUGGAAGAGCGCUCUUUCGACUCACCCGCCUGCGCGCGCCUUUGUCGAGCUUCCGCACACCGCUCAGGUCUUCUCCUAGGGCCCAACAGUUACUCUGCUCCCACUCCAAGCUUCCUCUAGUGCGGCGGUCUCCUAUCCCUGCACAAAAUUUGAACAUGGUAAAGUCUGGGAAACCUGGCUUCUACGCCGUCGCUCGGGGACGCGUCCCCGGUGUCUACACCACCUGGGACGAAUGCCAAGCGCAAACAGCUGGGUUCGCUGGUAACAAGCAUCACAAAUUCGCCUCCCUCGAGCAGGCGAAACAAUAUCUCACCGAACACGGCGUUCCUACCGGCUCCGUGAACAGCACGUCCGCAGCCUCCUCUUCAACCCCCUCCUCCUCGCGCACUCUACAGCGUGGCUCCGCGCUUCGUGGAAGAACCCAUGGAAGCACACCCUAUGCCCGUACCCAACCCCCUGCUGCGAAGACGUCGCAGGACUCGGCGCGCUCUGGCAGCUCGAAUUCACAAUGGGCCGCGCUCGCCUCCGAGGUCAUAGAAGAUGAGUCCGGUUGGGAUGUCGUCUACUCCGAUGGUGCGUGCAAGGGCAACGGCAAGACAGGCUCGAUCGCUGGCGUCGGUGUCUGGUGGGGACAAAAUGACGCAAGGAACAUAGCAGAAAGGUGUCCUGGCGGACAGACAAACAACCGCGCGGAGCUCAUCGCGAUCGUUCGCGUCCUCGAGACAACUCCACACACGAAGCGGCCGCUGCUCAUCAAGACCGACUCAAAGUACAGCAUCAGCUGCUUCCGACAUUGGAUGCCGAAGUGGCUGAAAAACAACUUCCGGACCGCCUCCGGAGAGCCUGUCAAGAACGCGCCCCUCAUCCGAUAUCUUUCUGCGCUGCUCGACUUGCGCGCACGCGAGGGUCAAAAAAUACAUCUACAAUACAUCAAGGGUCACGCCGGCCAUGAAGGCAAUGAAGGCGCAGAUCAGCAGGCGAACAUCGGCGCAACAUUACCCUCGGAGCCUGAGCGCGACUGGGAGGCACUCAUGAGCGCGACGUUCGCGUCAGGCAACAGUGGAGACGCGGCAUCGUCACAGAAGAAAGCAGGGACGGCAGCCAUGUCAAAUUCUGAGCUCGAGGCGUAUGCGGCAGGGCUAGGGGACGACGAUGAGCUCUUGGAUGAGUUGAGUGGCGCUUGAUUCCUGUGUGAUAUUCGGGUUUAUCGUGCAUGUACCUGAGAGCGUACGCAUGAAGUCGCUCUUCGAACGCCUCCCAACGCACCACUCUCUGAAUU